AUGGAAUCUCCAACGCGUCCAGUCCUCAGUCCCACCAAAGCGCUUAACCCGGUAUCGCCGGAACGCAUGAAUCAACAAACCAUCCCCGCCUCUCCCUCCCUUCCCUCCGAGUUGUUGUCCCUACACCACAAAAACACUAAAGGGGUAUCAGAGGUCCAAGCAAAAGUGGCGUUCUUGAAUAGUCUCGCUCGAGGGAGCAGCCCAAGUGCCCAAGCACAAACAGCAACAAACAAUGCCGCGCUACAAAGGGCAAUCCUCGGUCGUGAGGAGGCCGAAUCAGCCCUUACAUCGGCCCAAGAAGAGCUUUCCGAAGCACAGUCACGAGAACGCCGGAUCAGCGAGCGACUCGAAUCAUUAUUAGAAGAACUCCAUGGGACGAAAGAACGUCAAGCCCACGAACGAUCAAUUUUCGAGAAAGAAAUCCGAAAGGCCAGGAAAGAGGCCUUCCGUGCAGGCUCGACUUUGGUCAAACUGCAAGAAGAGCUAAAACAUGCCAAAUCCGAAUCAAAGGCUUUGAAAGAUGAAGUCGCCGCAGAGCGGGAGGCCAAGGACCACGCAAAGCAGGAGGCAUUCGAACGCGCAUACGCUCUGGCCGGUCUUACGGAAGAACUUGAAGUACUCAAGGGCAAACUUCGAUCUAUGGAAGCAUCUAACCACUCAAACAAAUUGGAAGUUCGAGCUCAUGAGAUUCGCAAGGAAGACUUUGGUCGGAUGUCCCUGGUAGAGGGCGAUCUUGCAUUUUUGACAACACCACGCCGACCGAAGCGAGCUGCAGCAGACUCCAUAAGAUCCCCUGCUCAAGAACGAGAGCCUGAAAAUGUUGCCGAGGCCACCCCGCCCAAGCGACAGCGACUAUCAGAGGUGACGUCUCUUGUCAAGGAGCCGGUCGCUGCGCCGUCAGAACUUGACAGUGAAACGAUAGACGACCUUAAAGAUGAACUUUACAUCGAGCGUCGUCAAAGAAUUGCAGCUGAAGAAAUGGUUCAUUUUCUGAACAUCGAAUGUCAGUUUGAGCGUUGCUCAUGUCGACUCGCUGAAAAGGAAGGCCGGAGAUUCAUUUACGAUAACGAAUACUACGAAAAGUUCCAAAAGCCACAAUUAGAAGCGGAAGCCAAAGCAGCAGCUCAGGCAAAGGCCGAGGCAGCAGCAGUGGCGAAGGCAAAGGCAGAAGCACAAGCAAAGGCACAAGCAGAGGAAGCGGCACGAUUAAAGGCCCAGGCAGAGGCAGAGGCCGAGGCCGAGGUGGCAGCCAAAGCCAAGGUUGCGGCGCAGGAAAAGGAAGCAGCAGAGGCAAAGGCAGCGGCCCAAGAGGAGGCAGCUCGGCGAGCCCAGAUCUCUUACCCUGCACCCCAUUCCAGCCACACACCUUCUGCAGAGCCUCCUGCCCCUCCUCCACACCGACAUGGCGUGAAUUCUGAGUUGAAAGUGAAGCGUGAGCCGACGGAGCCUCCCGAGAAGAUGCCCAUGCCCGAGGAACCCCUGGUGACGUUCUCACCGGAGACGGGCACUUUCAAAACAUUCCCAUCACCUAUUCGCGACAUUCCCAGACCUCCACCUCGACGACCCAAUGAUUUUGACGCUCCCAGCAUUCCAUACCCCCCAGUUCGACCGCGUGCUGAAUGGAGGGAAUCAGCCUCCUCCAGCGGACAUGUGCGAUCUUACACUCCCUCGGAAGAGCCUAGGUCAUCUAGAAUGGCCAACCAUGCCCUACCAGAGUCGGCUAUGGAUGACGAGAUUCCCGCCCACGCCCUCGUCGAAGCUAGGCCUACAAGGACUCGGGAGCGAGAGGAUUACCAUUCCCACUCAACAACCAAGAGGGUUCCUCUCCGUGAGCCAAACGCUCCCCAGAGCUCAUCUUUCUUUCCGAACCAGCCAAUCGACCGCGAAGAUGCCCUUGCACAGAUCAGGGCGAGACGUGGUCGGGCACGCAGUAAUGUACGCUCAGUGAGCGCCAGCGAGGCUGGUCGGUCCGCGGGCUCGACUGGAAGCACCGCUACAACUCCUGGCCGGGGUCCACGACGCAUCCCCAACCUCCAAACACAAUCUUCGAGAAGCGAGAAUGACGUGGUCGAACGCCGGGACCUGAGUGCUCCAGUUCGAAUGUUCCGCCGGUAA